CUCUCUCCCAUUGGAAAGGCUAAGCCUGCCUGCCCUUAUUUAAUUUGGUGUGUGAUUUUGCUAUUUUUAGCUGCUUGGAUUCCCUCCAGGAAGACUUAGUGGGGGAGACUUUUUUUUUCCCCUUUCCUUCUCUUUCCUCUUUCUUUCUUUCUUUCUUUCUUUUCUUUUUUUAAAACCUUGCAAAUGAUUUGGAUCCAGCUUCCUUCCUCUUGGAACAUUUUUUUAAAUUUAUAUAAAUAAGAGGGGGGCCUUGUCUGCUCUCUCUCUCUUAUUUUCCCUCCUCUUCUCUCUCUCUCUCUCUCCCUUCUGCUUCAGAUCUGCGUUUUGCUACCAUCAGCCAGGAGAGUUUGAUCCUCUUUUUGAUAUAUAUAUAUUUCCAUCACAAGAAGAAAUAAACAAACCAGCCAACCCAACACCAGAUUGGCGACUAGGAAGAAUUGUAGAAAGAAGAUGAGUGAAUCUAGUGCAAAAUCUAGCCAAACCCUAGCUGCCAAACAAGACAAGGAUGUCUCUGAGAAGAGAGGACGAGGGAGGCCCAGGAAGCAGCCUCAGAAAGAACCCAGUGAAGCACCACAACCCAAGAGACCACGUGGCAGACCAAAGGGGAGCAAAAACAAGGCCGCGUCAGUGGGAAGGAAAGCUGCUGUAACAUCAUCUGGGAGGAAACCUCGAGGGCGACCCAAAAAAACAGAAAAGGAUGAAGAAGAGGUCAACAUUUCCCAGGAGUCAUCGGAAGAGGAGCAGUGAAAAGAGCCAACUGAUUCUACCUCACAGUUCAUCUUUCCUAUUUCUUGUCACGUUCUGGGACUGAGGAAGGAACAAAGAAUUUUCACCCCUUUCCUGACUCUCACCUGCCCAAUGUCCUGGCAGCCAAAACAGCAACACUGGAGUACAGUGUAAAACAAAUCAGCCAUCACCUUGAUGUGUAAUGUUUAAUGGGAGAACCAAGUGUUUUGUUUCCCCUUCUCAUUUGACAGGGUUAAAAUUUUAGCCUACCACUUCAUAUAGUUCUACAAUAUAUCAGUUUGGUUUUUGUUUUUAGUCUUGUCUCUUUGGUACACUCCUUGUUGAGAAAGGGGUAUAUAAAUCUUUAUAGUAGUUCCUUAUUCAUGUUGAGUGGACAACCUGCUGUUUUUUCCCUCAUACCAGCCAAUACCUCUACUUUAGAGAGACUAUACCAUCCUCCAAAAGGAUAUUUGGCACUGGCAGAAAGUUACACCAUAGAGGACAAUUGGGAAUCUUCCUUUUUCUGGAAAAUAAGUAUAGUAGGAAAAGCCACAGCAUUGAAGAAGAGCAAGAUAGUAAAAUGUGCCUAUUGUAAGCCGUUUGGCUGGAUCCUGAUUUCAAAGGAUGCUACCUUGCUUUUUACACUCCACUUCUUAUGGUUCAAGAACUACAAGGCUUCUAUACAGUAGGCCUGUGCAUUCUUGUUGACAGCGUGCACCCCAGAUACAAAUAGCUGCCUUGGAGCAAGUGUUGCCAUAGGCAGUGGGAGUGGUUUUUUUUCACUGACCACACAAAAGUUCUUCCCAUUGUAACCCCAGCUGCCAGUGCCCAGGUAUGAGAGAUUUGCGGGUGGAAUCUACAACUAAAUUUUCUUUUCCUUCGGUGCUCAGUCAUUCUGCACAGAAAGUCCUGCUGGAUCCUCUUUGAAAUUAGACCAGACAUUUCCAAGACCACCAAAAGCAGGAUGGCAAUUCCACCCCAGGCUCUCUCUGGGUUUGGUGAUUUUUCUGCAUUGGAAUAGCACAAAGUGUUUUAGCUACAGUUGUCUUUUCAAAACAUGUCUUUCAAGGUUUUUUCUUUUUCCUUAAUUCACAACUACCUCUGGAUAAUUUUAAGUUUCAUUCUCUUAAAACAUGGAGUUGCUGCUGUUUGUUGUUGCUGCUGCUGUACUGGUUACCAAGUUUUAUUAUUCCAACAGGUUCUGUCUGGUUUCUUUCUCUGGAACUGACAUUUUACAUUAUAGAAAGUUUAGAGUUGAUUUUGAAAACUAUUGUUCUAUUAAAAAGGGAUAAAAUCUU